AAAUACAUGCAAGGAUCAUGCGAUCUAAUAAUCGGAAGAUACGGGGCAGACGAGAGCCUUUCGAUGAAAGUGGAAAUAAAAUACUAUCUUAUGAUUAGAAGACUCACACCGAACUUUCAGGGUUGUUGUGGCUUAUUGACACUAAGGCUUCUCAACAUUUCUUUCUUCUGUUUUCCCUUUUAUUAUCAUCGUCUUUUCUUGUUUGUGGCAGUUUUCAAUGGUAAUUUGAGAAUAUAGCAUUAAAGCAUAGAGGAAAAAGCCAUGCCUAAAGUAGACCAUGAAUCUCCUGGAAAGAUCGGGAGGCGAGGUGGAGUUUUGAUAUAUCACCGAGGACCACUGGCCAAAAUAUCCCACCAAAAAUGGCCAUUCAAGACCGGUAAUGGGUGGUAUAGUACAUAUGAUAAUGGGAAUGGCCCAGAUAUAGACACGAUGAGAAUGCAUAAAAUUCAGCAAGAUAGGAUAUCAGAGCUUGAUGUAACUAAAAGACCAAUUUUAUUCAAGCCAAUUCAAGGAUACGCCAGCCGAAGGCAGCGAGGAGAGUUCGGUUACAAUCAUGUCCCUGAAUUUACACAUAAGUGCUCCCCUUCGCCUAAUCUAGAGGCCAUUUUAGCUCGUAACUUAUCAGAGUACGAUUGCCCUUUUCAGGAGAAGCUUGGCCUCCCUUAUAAUGGCUCGAUCAGUUUAGACCAAUUACCCAGCUUAUUACCUGAUUCUAAAUCGAGGGCAGAAAGCCCAUGCUUUUCGCAAAAUAAACGCACGAUAAAUGAAGCAACAAAAACGGAUAAGCCGCUCUAUGGUAUCGGGAAAUAUUUAGCUCCAUUAUCUCCCGUUAAAGGUCAAACCAACAGCAUCCCGAAGAAAGAAGAAUAUAGCGCGGACAAACAUACGGGACUCGAAAGCCUGGAGAACCCGAGUACGGGAAGAUUACAUGGAGUCGAGAGAAACUACGAAGACCAGCACUUUACUAUAGGUGUUGGGAGACGAGGGGUAUCACCAGCACAGCUUAUACGGCCGUUAGACUCUGGAGAAGAUCCGAAUGAAAAAGUAGCCCAGAGCAAACAGAGUAUACAAUCUGAUAAGGAUGGUGGGUGUCCAAGGAAGAGGUGGUUGGCAUGUCUCUGGUAUAAGAAGGAUCCGUUGAAAUACUCCAGUUGCGCAAAAUAUAAACUAUUACGCAUCAAGGAUGUGAAGCAACACACCUAUAGGAGACACAUGAAGCCUGACAUCUACUGUUCUGUUUGCUUCAAAGUAUUUUCAAAGGAGAAGGAGAGAGAUAGACACAUGCAAAAGAAAUUGUGUACCCCCAGGAGCGAGCCAGAAUUCGAUGGAUUAUCAGAACAGCAAAGAAAGGAGUUAAACCAGAGUGCUAACCGUGGGAAAGAUGAUGUAGAACGAUGGUAUUGUAUGUGGGAUACAAUUUUCCCCAGCGAGCGCCGACCUCUAUUGCCAUACCUUGGAGUCGGCCGGCAGGAAUUACUACCGCUGCUUCGGAGUUUUUGGAACCAAAGACACCAAGAUAUCAUACGCAACGUCCUGCAGAGACCAUCACAACGAAAGGUAGAACCUAAAAUGGUCCAAAACGUCAUGGAUACUAUCUUUGACAGAUUUGAAGCUGAAUCCCUAACCUGGGACUCCUACCCCAACGAGCAUUCAGGCGAUGAAUCGUCGGAGAAUGGCAAUUCCCAAACACAAUCUCCCGGGAUCUCGAACGACGUUACCAUAGGAGACUCACCCCCCCAACAAGAUAUCACAGAUUAUGGGACAUUAUACGAACCCUCAGGAUACCAGCCCGGUCUAGAAUCCAACCUUCCUUUGGAGCCCAUGAGCGAGAACGAUUUCGACCAGUACCUCGGAAUUGAGACUGGAUUUGAUUUGUAUCAAUAUGGCACAUGGGGAUUGUAUUGAAAUUCUUGUCCUAGCAUGCAGGCUCUUGAAAUUACAGAGUCUUAAGCGGUGGAGCAUAGCAAGUAUCUCAAAGUUUACUUGAUAAUCACUUACUAGUAACGAGUGGAAGGGGAUCAAUUUAGAAGAGAAAAAGGAUUUUCAUUUAUGUUUAAGUACAUAGUUAGUUACCUAAUGUAUACUACUCAACUAUUUUCAAUCUCAUGUCUAUGUAGUACCUAAUCCUCUUAACUGGCAUAAGACAACACGCCCCUUCGUAAUCGGUGGAGUACCUAAGGUAAGGUUCAACGCGAUUCAUUAAC